AUGUCUUCGUCCUUUAACCCAGUUCCUUCUCCUUCGGCUGGCCCCACGUCAGCAAUUUUGACGUUCUCCUUCUCUUCCAGCGGCCGUAUCUUUUUCUCCACGCCUACUCCGUCAGCCACUCUCACCGAACUCCCGAGCGUCGUGGCCGUCAUUGGAGUGACUUUUAUAUCAAGUGUGACACCGUACUCGAGCGACCAACCCGCUCCUACGACCAGCGAACCAUCCAAUGCAUCGGCUAGCCAGAGCACCUCAGGCCUCAACACUGGAGAAACCAUCGCGAUCGUAGUGGUGGCGGCCAUGCUCGUUCUUGCCGUGGCGACUGUCGUCGCAUUCAAAGUUGUCCGCCGCCGCCAACUGCAGAAAAAUAGUCGGUCAGGAUACGAUCAAGGCUCAGAAAGCGGCCGUUCUAUCGAAUCCAGCGAGAAAUACAGUGAUGUCAAGGAUACGCCGUACACCGAGUCCCGGCGGUCGUUCAUAGAAACCCGCGGCAUCGCCCCGCUGCUCGACCCCCAGGCGCACUAUUCCCCCUUCGACAACGACCGUCGCAACUCGCAGACAGGCGACGCUGCGCCGUUACAUAGCUCUGAGUACGAGUCGGAGGGCGUGUGCCAAGAGCAUGCGGCCACGCUCGCCGAUGCAACGCCCCGUCCGCAGUCCACCGCAGGGACACAGCUAGAGACGGUCGCCUUGCACCCUCCAAGCGCCCCUUCGCGCACUGACGUGAAACUCCAACCUCUGAUCAUCCCGGAUAACAGGGCAUCCAUAGCUGCGACCUUUCCCACUAGGCGCCCGUCCCGGACCCGUCGUUCCGUUCGGAGCUCGAAGCACGCCUCACGGGCGCUUGAUGGAGGUUACGACUCCGACGACUCGGCCUCACUGUACUCGCAGGCCUCCGCGGGGACACAGCAGUCAGUGCGUUCGACGCUCGCCAUCUCAGCGUCCACCAUUCAAGCCUUCCCUCUUCCCAACGUUCCUAUCUCCUCUUCGCCAGCCCACACUCCCGAUGAGGACGGCAUCCUCCGCGGCUCUCCGCGAUCGCUCUUCGACCCCGUCCCUCUUCCACCAGCCGAUAGCACCGAAGAUGGCGUCGAACGGUCCGACACGCUCGUCGUCGCCAGCCUCCUCAAGUCGCGUACGAAGCACAUCUCCGCCAACCAGCCCUCUCGUUCGUCGAGCCUCGUUUCUCACAUCGAGCGUAACGGCUCCAUCAAACCUGCGAUUUCGCCCAUUGGGGAGGAGGGAGAGCGGGAGACGGCUCGCGAGAGGUACUUGAGGAUGAAGAAAGAACAGGCAGGGCCAGAGCAGUACAUUAUCGCACCGCCGAUGCACGCGACGAAAAGGACUCCAGCCCGUUCAUCGCGUCCUCCUUCGACACUGGCUCAACCAGCCGAGGAAGCACACGAAGAGCUUCCAGCUGUAAUCCCCGUCACGCCGACUCAGACUGCCCCACUAAGACCGAAGAGGAGCCCGGCACGACCAUGA